AUGGCUGUUCUGGUGGCAGAAAUUCCUUUUUUUGCAGAUGGUGAAUUUGCCGUUGGGAUGGAAUUCAGUUCUAGGGAAGCUGUUAUUAAAGCGAUAAAAGAGUAUACUAUACGAAGAAGCGUAGAUUACCAGGUGUAUGAGUCUGAGCCGUUGACAUUUUAUGCGAAGUCAAAACAAGCAGAAAACUCAUUGAAGAAAGAUCGUCCUUCAUGCUUCUUCAUUCAAAGAGAUAACAAUCUGAAUCACAACGACCACGUCGAGUUGCAUCCUUUGCCGGGAGAGGAACUUUCCUCUGACGUCCUUGAAAACAUGCUAGGAUUCAUUGCACGCUCGCGGCUCAAGAUUCUAAUCUCAAGCAACGGUUUACUUCUUUGUCUUCAUCGAACAGAAUUGUUUAUCAUCAAUCCUGUAACUUGUUACCUUUUACACAUUCCCCACUCCAACCACGUGCAGCAGCGAGGGAAUCUUCAUGGUGUCUCCAUGACACUGGAAUGCGACUCUGAUGAUUACAGGUUGCUUCUUUUUGACAAUAAAGAUUGGAGUUCACAUUAUGAUUACCAUGUUUAUAGUCAUAAACAAGGUGCUUGGACCUUAAGGAAGAACUAUUUCUUUGCUGGAUUUAGGAAUUUGAAAUUUGACAUUACUGUGAUUUGCAAAGGCUUCAUUCACUUCAUCUCGGAUUGCUACGGUCAUCUUACUGAAGAUAGCACUUAUUUUAGGCCUUAUAUCAUGUAUUACGAAAUCACGAACGGCAAUGAGGAAGAUGAAAGCGUUGAAACAAAGUUUUUAAGGGUUCCUAAAGAAGCAAGAAGGGGUUCAUCUCCUUAUUGA